AUGGAUGCACGUUACAUCUCGGUGAAGUCACUCCAUAAUCCCUUCAAAAGGCUGAAGCUGGAAGUUUGUGACGAUGAUAGCCAGGAUGAAAUAGAGCAGCAGAACGUCGACGAGAACGUGGCCAAGGAUGAGGAUCAAUCGGAUUCCGAAUCGCAGGAUGAUCUUAGUGAUGAUGGUCAGCCGAAGCGCAAGAAAAAGAAAAAGAAGAAGAAAAAUCAGGAUAACGGCGAUGGCGAGGAAACCCACAACGAGGAAGGAGGUGAUUAUUUUGAUGAGGAGUACGGUUUGGAGGACGUGGAAGAUUGCGAAUCCGACUCCGUCUCUGAAGAUGUUGAUGAUGAUGAUGAUGAAACCAGUGACGGGGAAUUCGAGUUCGAGGAAUAUGAAUUGUAUACAGACGAUGAAGACGACGACAGCUUCUAA